AUGGGUUCCCGACAAGAUGAAGAACCAUCGUCAAAAUCGCCUGAUUCCCCCCAAAAGCUCCCAACUUUCCGCUACAAUUCGCCCUUAGCCCAGGUCGCCCUAAUCGGGCUCGUCUGCUUCUGCUGCCCUGGGAUGUUCAACGCGCUCUCCGGCAUGGGCGGCGGCGGCCAGGUCGACCCCACCGCCGCCAACAACGCCAACACCGCCCUCUACGCCGCCUUCUCCGUCUCCGGCGUCCUCGGUGGCGGCGCGUACAACGUCCUCGGUCCCCGCCUCUCCCUCUUCCUCGGCUGCUCGACCUACGUCCUCUACGCCGGCUCCUUCCUCUACUACAACCACCGCCGCCGCCAGGCCUUCGCCGUCGCCGCCGGAACCCUCCUCGGGGUUGGUGCCGGCCUCCUCUGGGCCUCCCAGGGCGCAAUCAUGACGUCAUACCCUCCCCGGCGCAAAAAGGGCCUCUACAUCUCUCUCUUCUGGAGCAUUUUCAACCUGGGCGGCGUAAUCGGCGGCUUAAUUCCUUUCAUAUUGAAUUUCAAUAGAAACGAGGCUCUCUCCGUGAACGACGGCACUUAUAUAGGCUUCAUGGCUUUCAUGUCAAUCGGUACUCUGCUUUCCCUCUCGAUUCUCCACCCGGGUCGGGUCUUACGGGAAGACGGGUCGCGCUGCACGAACAUCAAAUAUUCGAGCAUACGGGUCGAGGCCCGUGAGAUCCUAAAACUCUUUCUUGAUUGGAAAAUGCUCCUAAUUGUUCCCGCCUCUUGGGCGAGUAAUUUCUUUUACAGCUAUCAAUUUACGAAUGUGAAUGGCGUGUUGUUUAAUCUUCGAACAAGGGGUUUGAACAACGUGUUCUAUUGGGGAGCACAAAUGAUCGGUUCUGUUUUUAUCGGUUUUGUGAUGGAUUUUAGUUUCAAGAGUAGACGGGCUCGUGGGCUUUUCGGUGUUGGGCUUGUGGCUGUGUUUGGGACGGCCGUUUGGAGUGGAGGGCUCGUGAAGCAGCUCGAUUAUAGCCGUCUUGACUUGCCGGACCGGAGGUUGGAUUUUAGGGACGGCGGUGAAUUUGCCGGCCCGUUUGUGCUGUACUUUAGUUAUGGGCUGCUCGAUGCCAUGUUUCAGAGCAUGGUGUAUUGGGUGAUUGGUGCAUUGGCUGAUGAUACUGAGAUUCUUAGCAGGUACACUGGGUUCUACAAGGGGGUGCAGAGUGCUGGGGCUGCUGUUGCUUGGCAAAUAGACACGCAUAAAGUGCCGUUUUUAAACCAACUUAUAACUAACUGGGCACUUAUGACUGUAAGUUAUCCUCUUUUGGCUUGGCUGAUUAUACGAGCUGUUAAAGAUGAUGACGAUUAUGACGAUGAUGAUAAAAUUGAAGGGGACUCGGAAGACGUUCAUAUGGUCCCUUGA